UGGAUUCGUCAUUUCCAUACCAGGCGUGUUCUCCUUGAAAGUCCGGCGGCCGUGCCUUUCCGGGACCGGAUGUGAUACAUUGGUGAAACCGACAUGCCAAAAGAAAUAGCAUCCAGUGAAAGUGUGCUGCAUCAUCUUGACCAGCAUGGCACAUUCAACACUCAAGACUAUGCCAACAAUCUUGGGGAGGACCACCAAAAGAUUGUUGGCAUUGUCAAGAGUUUGGAGGGUCUGGGACAGGUGGUGCAGGUGGAGCAGGUGACCCACAAACACUGGGAGCUGACGGACGAGGGCCGCGAGGUGGCGCGCGCCGGCAGCCACGAGGCCAAGGUGUUCGACGCCGUGCCGCCGGAAGGCAUCGUCCAGGCCGAGCUGAUGGCGGCCGUGCCGAACGCCAAGAUCGGCUUCAGCAAGGCUGUGUCGUGCGGCUGGCUGCGGGUGGAGAAGCCUGCUGGCGGCGGCGCGGCGCGCGUCUGCCGCCGCGUGCAGUCCGUCACGGACGUGGUGCGCCUGCACCUGGCCGCCCUGUGCGACUCGCCGACGGCCGACGUCUCCGACAAGCUCAAGCUCGAGUACAGGAAGCGCAAGCUGCUGCAGGAGGUCACGUCCAAGAGUUAUACGGUGUCGAAGGGCGCCGAGUUUACGCUGUCGGUGGAGAAGCCAGAGGCCGACCUGACGCCCGAGAUGAUCGCCUCAGGCGCCUGGCGCACCAAGACCUUCAAGCCGUACAACUUCGCGGCUCUGGGCGUGCCGCCGGCGCGAGGUCACUUGCACCCUCUGCUGAAGGUGCGCGCCGAGUUCCGCCAGAUAUUCCUCGAGAUGGGCUUCUCCGAGAUGCCCACCAACCGCUACGUUGAGAGCUCGUUCUGGAACUUCGACGCGCUGUUCCAGCCUCAGCAGCACCCGGCACGAGACGCGCACGACACCUUCUUUGUGUCAGACCCGGCCACCAGCCUGCGUCUGCCGGCCGAGUACCUGCCGCGCGUGCAGCAGGUGCACAGCGUGGGUGGCUUCGGCUCGCAGGGAUACGGCUACGACUGGAAGCUGGAGGAGGCGCAGAAGAAUCUGCUGCGCACGCACACCACCGCUGUCAGCGCGCGCAUGCUUCACCGGCUGGCGCAGGAGAAGGAGUUCCGACCAGUCAAGUACUUCAGCAUUGACCGGGUGUUCCGGAACGAGACCCUGGACGCCACGCACCUGGCGGAGUUCCACCAGGUGGAGGGUCUGGUGGCCGACCGCGGCCUCACACUCGGACACCUCAUGGGUAUCAUCAACGAAUUCUUCAAGAAGCUGGGCAUCGAGCAGGUGCGCUUCAAGCCGGCCUACAACCCAUACACGGAGCCGUCGAUGGAGAUCUUCAGCUGGCAUGCUGGGCUCGGCCGCUGGGUGGAGAUCGGCAACUCGGGCGUGUUCCGGCCCGAGAUGCUGUUGCCCAUGGGCCUGCCCGAGGACGUCAAUGUCAUCGCCUGGGGCCUGUCGCUCGAGAGGCCGACAAUGAUCAAAUACAAGCUGGACAACAUCCGGGACCUGUGCGGCCACCGCGUCAACCUGCAGAUGGUGGCCAGCAACCCCAUCUGUCGGCUGGACAAGUAAUGGCCACCCCGUACCGCAGCCGGGCUCGACGCCGCCCGACCGGGGCCUGGCGCGGC